CCUCCGUCCAGGAGUCUUUUCCCGCCAGCCUUUGGAAGAGGAGAGUUGUUGGUGAGAAGGGGAGAGGGGGUCGCUUCCUCAGGCCGAGGACGUGCUGCUGAGUUAAAUGAUGAAAAAUAACAAGGAACCAUAUCUUGUGAAGUUCAUCAAGUCUCCAGGGAACUCAGAUUUUUUCCUUCAGGCCCUUGAAUCCAUUAAAGAAUUUCAGUCAGAAGAAUAUCUCCAAAUUCUUGAAAAUGAAGCUGCACUGAGAAUACAGGAGAAUGACAAAUCCCUUUAUAUAUGUGAUCCAUUCAGUGGCACUGUUUUUAAUCACCUUCAAAAGUUGGGCUGUAGGAUUGUUGGACCACAGGUUGUUAUCUAUUGUAUGAAGAACCAGCGGUGUGUCCCAAGAGCUGACUAUCCAGUAUUUAAUAUGACCAUGGCUGAUGUGACGAUAUCAUGUACAAAUCUUCAGAAGGAAAUUAGGGAAGAAAUCCACAAGCAUGUACAGAUGAUGGGAGGCCGUGUAUACAGAGAUCUUAAUGUGUUAGUAACACAUCUUAUAGCUGGAGAAGUUGGAAGCAAAAAAUACUUAGUUGCUGCUAAUUUAAAGAAACCCAUUUUGCUUCCCUCUUGGAUACAAGCUUUAUGGGAUAAAUCCAAACAUAGGAUGAUUAGAUACACAGACAUAAAUAUGGAUGACUAUUUGUGCCCAUUGUUUCUCGGCUGUACGGUGUGUGUAACUGGCUUGAGCAGCACAGAUCGAAAAGAGGUUCAACGUCUCACCACCGAAAAUGGUGGCCAGUAUACAGGGCAACUCAAAAUGAAUGAGUGCACUCACCUUAUUGUUCAUGAGCCAAAAGGUCAGAAAUAUGAAUGUGCAAGAAGGUGGAAUGUCCAUUGUGUAUCUAUGCAGUGGUUUUUUGACAGCAUUGAAAAAGGAUUUUGCCAGGAUGAAUCAAUGUAUACAGUAAUCCCCAAAUCAAAGCAAGAAAAUGUACCAAGUACAUCGACUCCGACUAGCCAAGCUAGCAGUUUUGACAGUCGAACCCUCUCAGAUGUCAGCCACAUUUCAAACAUCAAUUUAACAGCCAUUAAUGAAACAUCAUGUAGCUCUUCCAUGAACACCAGAUUGGUCCAUCCUUCUGAUGAACUGAACAAUUUGGAUAUUAGUUCCUUGCAAGCACCUGAAGAUUUACUGGAUGGAUGCAGAAUUUAUCUUUGUGGUUUUAGUGGCAAGAAAUUGGAUAAAAUUAGACGGCUUAUCAACUGUGGAGGUGGCGUUCGUUUCAAUCAACUUAAUGAAGAUGUAACACAUGUCAUUGUAGGUGAUGAUGAUAAGGAACUAAAGCAGUUCCUAAAAAAGACAGUGCAGAGGCCAUAUGCUGUAACAGUACAAUGGCUUUUAGAAUGCUUUAAAAAAGGUUAUUUACAACCUGAAGAGCAGUACAUCCCCGAAAACUAUCAACCAGUAAACAGUCCAGUUUUGGAGCAGCCAGUCUUCCUCAAAAGAAACAGUGUUGUGAAGAAAGAAACUAUCAAUAUCCAAAAGGCUCCAGAAGCAGAUGAUGAUCUGCUUUCUCAGUAUGUAACUCAGGAUUCUACAGUAGUUGUUGCUGGAGGCGGCAGUGAAAACGACCACACUGCCCUUCAAGAAAAAAAAGAGUUCUCUGUCACCCACAGUUCCCUGGGAGAGACAACUACAAUUGCUGAAGGCACCUUGUUCAGUGGGAAAAGGUUUCGUCUUCAGGGCUUCGGAAAAGAAGAUGAAUCCUGCAUGAGGGCUCUGAUUGAAGAAAAUGCUGGGAAGGUUCUGCCUCAACAAAGUAAAGCAGUUGCUGACUAUGCAGUGGUCCCCCUCCUGGGUUAUACAGUGGAGCCCACUGUUGGAGAUGUGGUUACAAAUACAUGGCUGGUGAUGUGUGUAGAACAGCAGUCUCUGCAAGAUCCUCAGUCAAGUCCGCUUUUCACACCAGUACCAAUAAAAGAAGGCAGUACCCCGUUACAGCAGUGUGUUCUGUCUUUCAGCCAAUUUAGUGGGGCAGAAAGAGAUUCUUUAAUUUAUUUAGCAAAUAUUCUUGGUGCAAGAGUUCAAGAAUUCUUUGUGAGAAAAGCCAACCCAAGGAAAGGGAUGCUUGUCAGCACCCAUCUGGUAGUGAAGGAGCCAGAAGGCUCCAAAUACGAAGCUGCAAAGAAGUGGAAUCUUCCUGCUGUUACUAUGGCUUGGCUGUUGGAGAGUUCAAGGACUGGAGAAAAGGCUGACGAAAGCAAGUUCCUAAUUGAUAAUGUAGUCACUGAAGAGAAUCCCACAGAUCAGCUUGAUGGAGUGGCAGAUGCUUCAGCUUCAAAUAUGCCUAAUCUGCUUGAAACUGGGAAGAAAACAGCUGUAACACCACUGGAUAUGAACAGGUUUCAGAGUAAGGCUUUCCGAACUGUUAUUUCACAUCACAUUGAUAAAAAGCCAAGCCCUCCACUGAGUGGAAAGCCAUUACAGAAAGAACCGUCUCUGCAUCUGGAUACACCAUCUAAAUUUUUAUCUAAAGACAAGCUCUUCAAGCCAUCUUUUGAUGUUAAGGAUGCUCUAGCAGCUUUGGCAACUCCAGAGGGCGCUAACCAACAAAACAGAACGCUGAGCACUCCUCUUUCAGAAGUCAUUGGCAGGAACUUGAAGCUGGCUUUAGCAAAUAGCACUCGGCAAGCAACUGCUCUUACUGCCAGUCCUCAGCUGAAAGAUGCAACCCAACAAAUUGUAGAAGAGUCAAAACCGCUAGAGAAUGUUGUUAUAUGUGUGAGUAAGAAGCUCAGUAAAAAGCAGAGUGAGUUGAAUGCUAUUGCUGCAUCCCUUGGAGCAGAUUACAGGUGGUGUUUUGAUGAAACUGUAACACAUUUCAUCUACCAGGGAAGGCAAAAUGAUAAUAACCGAGAGUACAAAUCUGCAAAAGAAAGGGGGAUACAUAUAGUGUCAGAACAUUGGCUUUUGGAGAGUGCACAAGAAUAUAAACGGCUACCGGAAUCGCUAUAUCCCCAUACAUAUAACCCUAAAAUGAGUUUGAAUAUUAGUGGUGUCCAAGAUGACAGAGGCUCAGAGAGGCUUGACUCAACUGGAAAAAUGAGGAAGGAGAAUGAGGCUGUCCCAUUGGAUGACAAUAGUAGAGAAGAUCAAAUAAAAGAGGGAGUUUCUAUUGAAAAAGAGGAAAAUACAUCAAAAGGAGUGCUAACACAGACACUGGAAAUGAGGGAGAACUUUCAAAGGCAGCUACAGGAAAUCAUGACUGCCACAUCCCUGCCCAAGUUGCAAGGACAGAGGACCUCUUUAUCUAGAAAUGGGUUUGACAUCUCGCCAUCCACUCCAGAUGGGCCUCGUUCUUUGCGUAACGGACGCAGUAAAGUCUUGGAAGCUCUAAGGCAGACCCGCCAGAUCGUGACUGACGUCAAUACGGAGCCAUCUCAGAAUGAGCAGAUUAUCUGGGACGAUCCCACUGCAAGGGAAGAGAGAGCGAGGCUUGCCAGCAACCUGCAGUGGCCCAAUAGUCCUUCGCAAUGUUCCGAACAAAUUCAAGGGAAUGCAGUCAAUGUUGGCAACGACUCAAUUAGAAAAUCCUUGAGUGAUACAGAAAUUGCUCAGAUGGCCAUUGAGGAUCCUGUGAAAACAGAUAUAGCUGAGGUCCCAAGGCUGCCAGUGUGUAGAAGUCCGAAAACCCCUCAAAAUGAAGACAAUGUGAUCCUGACUCCUUUGGCACCUGCCAUUGCCUUCCCACUGGCAAACCCUCCUGUUGCUCCUCAGCCAAAAGAAAAUGCCAUUCAAACAGACGCAAAUGCCUCUGAAGAAGCAGCAAAACAGCGUAAAUUUCAGCUGUCUUCCCUAAACCCUCAAGAACGAAUUGAUUAUUAUCAUCUCAUUGAGAAACUAGGCGGGGUGGUGCUUGAGAAGCAGUGCUUUGACCCCAGCUGCACACACACCAUUGUGGGGCACCCUCUGCGCAACGAGAAGUUCUUGGCCUCGAUGGCUGCUGGGAAGUGGGUUCUCCAUCGCUCCUACCUGGAAGCAUGCAGAGCAGCACGGUGCUUUGUAGAGGAGGAAGAUUAUGAAUGGGGAAGCAACUCCAUACUCAGUGUUCUGUCUGGCAUCAAUGUAAUCCAGAAGAAAUUAGCAAUUGCAGCAAUGAGAUGGAGGAAAACAAUUCAGAGAAGGAAAAGGGAAAGCGGAAUUAUUGAGGGAGCAUUUAGUGGCUGGAAAGUAAUCUUGAAUGUUGACCCCGCCAAAGAAGCAGGCUUCAAACGUCUUCUGGAGUCAGGAGGAGCAACGGUGUUCCCUUCUCAUUCGCCACCUCCCUUUAGAGAAGUUACUCAUCUAUUUGCCGAUUUUAAUAAACUGAAGCCAGGAGAUUUAAGAAUUGAUAUUGCAGAAGUGGCCCAUCAAGGAGUGAACUGCCUGAAGCCAGAAUACAUUGCUGAUUACCUUAUACAGGAGCCACCACCUCCAAUGGAAAAUUAUUGUUUGCCAGAAGCUGGUGCCCAUCUUCAGAAUGGAAAAGAACACAGAAUUGGAUCGUCUCAAAAGCGAAAAGCUCCUGAAGAAGCACACACAGUGAAGAGAUUUAGAAUGCACUGAGAUGCCUGUAAUUACACCAUUUAAAUAUGCAGUUUCGGUUUGUAUUUAUAUGCAGUACUUUUAUUUUCUUUCAAUAUAAAAAGGACAUUAAAAAGCUUUUGUAGUA